CCAAAUAUCAGGUAUUUUCAUUAACUGCAUCUCAUUUGCAUGACAUCUUUCCUUGGACGUCGGUGUCAUCAAGUCCAUCCAUCAUAUUGGAAGUACAUAGUUUCUCUUUUUACUGUCUAUUUGUCCAUGAAAGUGCUUCAAGUUUCAUACUCUCAAUUUGAUCAUCUUGACAGACAGCGAUGAAGAUGCUCAUUUACAGCUGACCCCUCAAAUGUUGGCACUGAACUGUUUCCACUUCUGGCUUCGUUAAAAAAAAUAAUAAACUUCUUCUGGCAGACUAGUGUGAGCUUGUUUGGGCUGAAUGCAACAUGGUUCAAAUUACGACCUGAAAUGACUUCUGUCACUUAGCAGGCCUUGGUGCUGUUCCAUCUGUUGCUGAAAGUAAAGACACCAGAGAUGUUCAAAAAGAGGAUCCAACGCAAAAAGAGAAUGAGGAGACCAAAUGGGGACUGCUUUUGAGCAAAUGUGAAGGAAAAAGCAAGGAAAAAACAGACCUGAUGGAGGAACUUGGUUUGGGAGAUUUUGACUAUGCUGAAGAUGCAUCAGACUGGGAUACAUCAAGCAAUAUCAGUAAGAAAAGCCUGCCUGGAGGCACAGAGACUCCCCCGACACCCGAAGAAUUGCCACAAUCCUCCAUUAAGGAGAAGGAGCCCGAUGAGUCGCCAAAAGCACCCAUCGCUCCUCCGAGGAGGAUCGGCGCAGACGAGAAACAGGUCGCCGUUCCUCAUCCCCAGCCUCGUUCCAAGAAGGCGGUGCCUCAAGAGAGUGACAAUUUGGAUUGGGGCCAAGACAUUUCGGCUUCAUCAUGCACGGCGGCCAAUCAGCAGCUUCGGGAUGCGGCCAGAGAAGUCUCAACAGAGGCAGAAGACAAAAGAAGCCAUUUGCAACAUGACAAGCAGCAAGAAGAGGAAAAAGAUCAUGCAUUCAAGUCAUGUGACUUGGAUUCAAGUCACCCACACGCGUCUGACCUGACGGGCUUUGUUGAGGGAGGCCAUAACGUGGUUAGAGAUCAACAAAGUUCACAGGAAAGACCCCAUGAUGAUGUUCUACCGCUGACCCGCUAUGAGAAGCUUUGGGAAGAAGUGGAGAUGAAAGAAGCAAAAUCCACCUUUGGAUUUGAAGAGCAGUUCAAAGCAGAAAGUUUCGCUGAUGAAAUGCAGGUGAACGCAUCCUCUGCUGAAGAACAGUCAAGCGACGAAGAGAAAGGAGAUGCCAUUUUAUGCCUCGCUGCUCGCGCCAGGAAACUGGUCCUACUUUCUGUCCCGGAACAGAGGGCGUCUGCUUCGGACGAUUCUGCGUCGGAUUCUGCUGACUCCUUCGAGACCGAGGAGAAGAUACCGGACAGCCGCUUCCCUGCUCAUGAGAGCAUCAUGGUUGAAGAAGCAGAAGAAGCCCUCCAUCGUGAGGCACCACAAGCUGACAAGGCAAAGGAGGAGAGCAGGGUAGACUCCGCUGGCCGCAGUAAACCUGGGCUUCGUCACAAACAUCAACUAGACGAACCUGAAAAGUACCACAGCAACUCGAAGAAGAACCCGCCAGAACUUGCUAGUUCUCAGCUCAUGAGGCUAAACAGACAGUCUGCUUCUUUCCCUGUUGUUGCCCUUCAAGACUUUCAAGAGGACGUGAAGUUGAACCAGGAAGUCGAGAAAGAGGCUGUCAAAGAGACUCCCGAGGCUGCGGUUUCAGUGAAAAAUCCGAGUGACUUCAGUGGCACAGGUGGGAACGCCUUUGACGGGUUUGCCAUCGAGAAGCCCGAGGUUGGCUCAGUGAACCGCAAAGAGACGUCGAGCCAGGCUGAAGACCCCCAACAAACAUGGAAGCCUCUAUCCUGUGACAGCAGCGCACCGGUGGAAUCCCAACUCUCACAUCAGCGGACCUCCGGCGUCGGCAAACCCAAAGAACAAGCUGUAGAGAAGGUCCACGCAUCCAGAAGCCCUCAGACUGACAACAGAGAGCUCUCAUUGUUUGACGACAGCACUUUAAGUGACGUGUCGGAUGAUGAAGCAAGGCAUAAAACUAGAGAGCCGAGAAAAAAACAGCAGUCAGAAGAAAUUGAGAUGUCUGAAGAUAUUGACGAGCUCAAUUCGUCAUCCGACGUGACCACAGAUGAUUCUGACUUUCGCUCUUCAGGCCAUCGUUGUAGCUCUCUCUUCAUUCAGAACCUGGAUUCACUUGUGACAGACUCCAGGAGCAUGGUCAAGCUGCAGAACAUUUUCCACAAAUAUGAGCGCUCCAUUCAGAAGGCCAAAAGCCGUCACAGCUUCUUUGCCGACAAAGUGAUCCUCCUGGAAACGGAGAAGGCGCAGCUACGGCACUCUCUGGAUGAGGUGAAAGAUGUCAAGUCGGCCUUGGAGCGCACUCAGCUGGACUUACAAACGGAAGUCACCAACCUCAGAUUUCAGCUAAAACAGGAGCAAGAAAACGGACGUAACGCCACCAUGAUGUACAACACCACCGGAGAUAAGCUGAGGAGGACAGAGGAGCAGCGGCAGGUCGAGGUUCAGGAGAGGCAGAAAGUGGAGCUGGCUCUUCGGAACUUGGAGCUGGAGAUGCGAAUACUUGUAAACAACAAGAAGCAGCUGGAGGAGGACAACAAUCAGACCCAAACGCUGUUGGCUCAGGAGCGCAGCGCUCGCAUGGUGCUGGAGAAUCUGCUCAGCAGUCAUGUGCGCAAGCAACAAGAGAUCGAGGAGGAGAACAAAAGGAACAUCAGCAAAAGUCACCAGGCCUUGUCACAGCUCACGGAGGCCAGCGACAGGGAGCGGGAGCUGCUCCAGCAGAUUUCGAUAUUUCACGAGCAGCUGAGCACCCUCAGAACUGACCUGGAGAAUUCCCAGGCCAGCAGCAGCAUCAAGCAGAGAGACCUCCAGGAGGAGAAUAAAGCCCUCAAGGAACAACUGGAAGAGACCAGGCAAGCUCUCAAAGCCAACGGGGACACCAUGAACCAAACCGCCUUGGAAUUCAACAACCAGACGGCCAUCAUGAAGUCCGAGUUGACCGUCACCGCGACUCGCCUGGAGAACGAGCGUCAGACCCGAGAGACCCAGGCGGCGGAGUUGGAGUCGGUCCGCGCUCGCCUGACCGCGGCGCUGCAGGAGGCCGAGCGCUCCAUGGCGGCCCGGUCGGACGCAGAGAAAGCUCUGCUCCAGGAGAAGGAGGAACACCGUCGUCUUAAAGACAGACUCUCGAGUGAGGCAUCCAGUCAGCACGAAGCAGUAAGCAGCCUUUCCCAGAAGUUGUCCAAGGCAGAGGCGCACGCCAACGGCAUGGAGAACGAGGCCCAUCGGGUCAUGCUGCAGCUGACUGAGAAAAACCUCCUGCUGAACACCGUGCAGCGCGAGAGCGACCAGAUAGCCACGCGCGUUAAAGAGCUUGAGGCCGCUCUGCAGGCCGAGAAGGAGCUGGUCACUCGGGCCGCAGCGCGCCAAGAGGCUACACAGGAGCGCCUAGCCCAAGUGCAGAGUGAAGCCAUGUUGCUGCGGCAACAGCUGGAAGAGGCUCAAAACAAAGGUGUUGCAAAGGAGAAUGCCGUGACAAACGCCCAAAAGUCUUUCAGUGACAUUUUGUCCAAGCUUCGCGCCGACUGCGAGGACAGAGUACAACUUGUGCAGGACCGGAAUCAAGACCUGGCCGCAAAAGCUGCUGAACUACGAGAACAAAUCCACCAAUUACAGGAAGAGAAAAAUGAGAGAGAGGCAAGUCAGAGGCAGCUGCAGCAGGAGUUAGCAGACUCAUUAAAGAAGCUGUCGAUGUGUGAAGCCUCUUUGGAGAUCAACACCCGCUAUCGUAAUGAUUUGGAGGAAGAGAAGACUCGGCUCAUUAACGACAUGGACAGUCUUAAAGAGAAGAUGAUUGAGCGAGAAUCCCAGUGCCUUCAAGGUGAGAAACAUGCGAACGAUCUAAGAUGUCGUCUGGACGAACGAGAGAAAGAAUUCAGCGCCGCCACUCAGAAACAGCAGGAGGCGCUGUCUGCUGCCGCUGCCUCCAAUGUCGUUGUCAAACAGCUGGAAGAGACUGUGCAAAGGCUGGAGAUUGAGAACGUCAAGCUCGAGGCUGCUGCGAAGCAACAGGCAAACAAAAUUGAAGCACUUCAGAAAGGUUCUCAGGAGGAGGCAAGGCUAUCUGACAGUGCAAAUGGACAAAUGGUCAGAGAUCGUUUGGAAGAUUUGGUGACCAACCUACAAAGUAGUAAGAUGACUUUAGAGGACCAACUCAGUAAAGAGGUGCAGAAGCAAAGCAUGUUGUCGAACAGCGCCCACGACUCGCAGGCCAUGUGGGAGGAGGAGCUCAAGAGCCGCUCCAAGUUAGGACUUCGUCUAGCAGAGCUCGAAAAGGAAAAAGGAGAACUCAGCAGCCAGGUGGAAACAGAGAAGAAGAAAGCCAAGAAAAUAGCAGAGCAGAAGAAGGCUGUCGAUUGUCGAUUGGAACAAGAGAUGGAGAGAAACACAGGGCUUCAAAAGGAAAUAAACAGGCUACGGACUGUAUGUAAAAUGGCAAAGAGGACGGUGGAGAAAAUGCGCGGUGGCGGCGCAGGUGACUUUGCUUCUCCGCUGAGCAGUCUAAAGGUGGACCUGGGAAGACCCAGCCGGGCCGAUGGAGCUUUUGAUGGAAGAAGAGAAAAGGGAGAGCUGGAGAGGGGAGCGUUCCAAGGCAGCCUGUCGGACAGGAGGCUGCUGGAGGAGGAGGUGCUGAGCCUCAAACGCAGAGUGGAGGCCUCCGAGGUCGAGCAGAGACAGAUGGAGCAGUAUCGGCGAGAGGUGGAGGAGAAGGCCCGGCAGGAAAUACAUCAUAAACUACAGGAAGUCAACCUUUUCCUGCAGUCUCAAGCGGCAACCCAGGAGGCACAGGACCAGAUCCAAGCGGCCAACGAGGCCAGCCUGCGCUUGAAGAUCCAAGAACUGGAGAGCGAACUGAACCGAGCCCGAGCCUUCCAACACGACACCCUCAGCCAAAGAGAGUCCGCACACACGGAGCUGGAGCGCUUCAAAGAACUCUACCGAGAGGAGCAGAAGCUGCGCAAAUCUCUCUCCGCCGAUCUGAAAUGGACUAACCAUCAGCUCACGGAAGCCAGUUCCAGGUUGGUCAGCGAGCGAGGCGGGUCUCUCCUCACCCCCCCUGGACCGCCGUCAUCUGGGCUUGUGGUCCCUCUGGGCGGCCCAUCCAGGAGCCUUGCCCCUCGGCUACUUGGCCCCGUGGCGGAAGGACAAAGCAGUAGUGUGGAGGACUACCUGAUCAUGAUGCAGCGUCAGUUGGACAGAAGCAUAUCAAGGGAACUCAACAAAGCUUCGGCGGAACUUGACGUCUCUUUGGCCCGCAUGUCUCCGGUGGGCUCCGCAGCAAGGGUGGACCUGGACCCCGUUAGCAGAGCAAAGCAGCAGUACUUGGAGGUCCUGAAGAAGAACCACGAGGUCUAAGAAUCACUCGAGGGGUCCCAGGCGUAACGCGUUGAGGUAGAAAUGUCUGGCUCCCGUGUCACCACUGACCUCAAAGAAGGACUUUUGAAAUAGAAAAGAGGUAAAUCUCGCAGCAGUGUAAAUCUGUACAUAACAACUUUGAAUAUGGACGGCGCCGAUCAAGGACAAGCAAAAGUAAAUGCACGUUGCACUUAAGCACUCAGGAAGUGAGCAUACUUAUUAGCCACACUAUCGAAUGAGCUGCAUUACACGAGCCACAUCAAAUAAUUUGACCCAUUUUUCGCCAUCUCAUGCCAAUGAUUAAGACUGUCAACAACAUUUUUUAAUUUGGGUUCGACCGAACUGUUCUUCAUGUGUGGCUCAUCAGUAGAUGCCGAACAAUUUACUCUUAUCUUGCGUCAUUAAAGGGAUUUGCAGAGAAAUAUUCAGUCAAAGGUCACUUUUAAUCAGCAACUAGUAUUUGAAUGUUAUCGUUCUUUUUGGUUAUGUUGAUCAUGUUGCUUGUUUCACGGUCGGUCAUGGGAACGAAAAAGGUCCUAGUCUACAUAUUUCUCAAUGAACAUACAAUUUUUUAAAAAAAUUUUUUUUGAACAGAGGACCCCCAAGUUAAGUCUGUAUUCAUGUCACUAAUUUUAGGGGUCGGUUUUUUUUUUUUUUUUUUUUUGGGAUCACCCAUGAGUUUUCUUUCUGCAGCGUUGAAAGAAUGUAUGGGAUGUUUGUCUGUUAACCAGUCCUGUAAAUGAAACUGCAAAACCCCCAACUUGCUGUAAAUUUCAGGGGGUUAAGUCGCAUGAGAAAGCCAAUAAAAUGACUUGAUUUGAACUUCAAAAUGUCACCGAGUUGGGAACUUUCAAAAUUGCUGAAAAACCAAUAGUCCGGGGCAAGGGUCCUUUGAAAUUAUUUGAUUUUUUUGUAAAUCAAGUCCUUCGUUUUCCUUAAAUUGCACUUAAAAUGGUGGCUUGUAAAUCUUGGAAAAAGCCACAUUGAACCAGCUGGCAAGAAAUAAAAUGUCCUUUUUAUAUAUUUACAGUACCUAAAUAUUUCUCGAUAAAGUUAAGCAACAUUCCCUGAGUAAAUGCUGCUAUUUACAAAUUGCAAUCAAGGUAAAAUUAUUCCAUUACGUAUUUCAUACAGAACAAAAAAGAUGACACAAAUAACCCAUCAAUAUUUUCUCUUCAGAGCCCAUAUUGCCUCAUUUCAUUCAACCACAUUUAUCCAUCCAUUAUCUGAACCGCUUUAUCCUCUUGAGGGGCCGCCGAGCCGAUCCCAGUUGACUUGGAACAUGAGUGAGCCGGUUUAAAAGUGCAAGAAAAAAGGAAAAAAAAAAGAUUUUGCAAAAUUAAGUAUUCCUAACACUUCUUCUUUUCAAAUCUCUUCCCAAUGGCAUCUUUUCAGUCCUAAUAGGUUGAAGCAGUUUAAUGGAUAUAAAUACUACAUUUGACUAUUCAUGAUUAGGUACACUUAGGUUGUUUGCUUAAAAAAAGAAGAAAAAAAGAAAAACCUGUUCUCCUUAAACCUGCUGAUACGCCGAAUACCGACACAUUGUUAUAAAUCGCCGUCUUGGCGGAAGAAACGGCAAUAUUUACAGCUGACCUCCACUGACGCAAUUCCGCGUAGUUUACCUUUCAUGCAGUUUAUAACGAGCAGUAAUUGCAGGCAUCUUAUUCUCAUGACAGGGAGGGGGUUGGGGGGGUGGAGCGUCAUUCCAUCAAUAUUUCAUGCACGCACUCAUGUCUUAUCCGCCCCUCGUUAGUGAUAUUUCACUGUUUACUUUCUACUCCCUCACUGUGAGGGCAUGAAAGUGGAACGUAUGUGUCGGUUCAGAAACGAUUCCCCUCACUUAUUCGAAUGACACAACGUGCUGACGAGUGCCCCCACCACGCUUGUCUUUUCCAUUGGCUUUGAUCCACCCCCUUCAUGUGUGAGAUAUUCAGAUGUGCUCACAUUUAUUUUGGUUUUCUUUACCACAGAUGGGCACAUCUGACAGACUGACUAUUAAGUGUUAUUAUUUCUUUCUCCCUCCCACCCUCCCCCAAUUGAUGCCACUUCACACACUACAUGUAAAGCUUGUUUUGAUUGAGGAGGUUACAAGCAUCAGAUUUACAUGUGGCCAAGAAUACAAAUAGACACAUGAUGAAUGAAAAUGUGGGGAGUUGAAAGGAUUGUGUGUGUGUGUUUUUUUUUUUUUUUUUUUUUUUCCUAAUGAAAAGUUAUGACGGUUAAAAACAAAGCUCUCCUUGUCGGGUCAUCUUUUUGUCAUUGAUGCUUAGU